AUGAAUCCUGAAACCUUGCAAGUCUUGCAGAGGGAGCUCACCUGCUCCAUCUGCAUGAACUACUUCAGAGAUCCGGUCACAUUAGACUGCGGGCACAGCUUUUGCCGUGCCUGCCUGUGGCUCUACUGGGAUGGGUCCCCACCUCCAAUGUGCUGUCCCCGUUGCAAACAAGUGCCAGAGAAGGCAAAUUUCAAAACCAACAUCCAACUCAGGGACAUGGCUGCCCUACGCAGAGAGGCCAGAGCUGACGCUGCCAAUGGCUCCGAGGAGCUGAUCUGUGUGGCACAUGAUGAAGGAAGUUUGGUCUUUUGUGAUGCUGAAAAGAGCCUGCUCUGUGGGCCGUGCUCUGAUUCCCUGGAGCACAUGCUUCACAACCACCGCCCAGUACAAAGUGCUGCUGAGGAAUUCAGGGUGUCACGAAAGCUCAUGGUUAUUUUGCAGAAGGAACUUCGCAAGAGAAUGGACACCUUGUGGAAUAUGGCUGAAGAAAUGCAAAACACUGUGAAGAUAGAAGCUAGCAAAGCUGAGUCACUGGAGGAGUACGUGGCCCUCAGGAAGGUGAUGAUCAGAGCUGAAUAUCAGAAGAUUCAUAAGUUUCUCUGUGAUGAGGAGCGCCUCCAUCUGGACAUGGUAGAGAGAGAAUCAAAGGAGAUCAACCACCAACUGGAGGAAAGCAAAAUCAGAAUGACCGGAAAGACAGAAAGCCUGAGAGGAAUGUUCAGAGAGCUGCUGGACAUGUCUCACAAGCCCGAUUUGGAGCUGCUUCAGGAGUUGGGAACUGUGCUGGAAAGGGCCGAACUGGUGCUGAAUCAAAUGCCUCAACCAGUGAAUUCGGACCUCACUUCCUGGUCCUGCAAUGGACUCCUGGAGAUGCUGAACAAAUACAAAGUGGCUGAUGUCCUGAGUCAUGGAACCAUCAAUCUCUGCAUGAACCUUUCUGAGGACAUAAGGAAUAUGCUGUUUGGAAAUAACCGUCCCAACAUAUCCAGGGAGCCCCAGAAAGUGCGGAGUUUUGCGACAUGGGGAACCCAUACCUUCACCUCCGGGAAACAUUACUGGGAGGCGGAGGUGCCACGCGACUUGAGUUGGGUUCUCGGAGUCUGUAAAGAUAUUAUCAUGAGAGAAACCGAUUUCGUUAUUGAUUUUGAGGAAGCUUCUUUUCUAUUUUCAUUGAAGCUGAAUGAUCAUUAUUAUCUCUCCACUAACCGCCCACUGUUAGUUCAUCAUGUGAAAAUGCCUGUGGGUAAGAUUGGAGUGUUUCUGGAUUAUGACAAGGGAAUUGUGAGCUUCCAUGAUGCUAGCAAUGGUUCCCUCUUAUGUAGCUUAGCUUCUUGCUCCUUCUCUUACCCUCUGAAGCCUUUCCUUUGCUUUGAAGCUCCAUAA